GCCCGUUGCCGCAUUUGCGUAUAUGCGGUCAUUGCGGUGUGCAGAAGGAAAACACAGAUACGAUCACGUGUACCUUGCAGACCAGGGUUGGGCAAGCUUUUUGAACUAGAGACCAAAAAUUUUGCUCAAGGAGACUCGCCAUAUAUUCCACAGUGGCUUCUACGUCCUUCAAGGUUUUUGGUGACAACAGACUGAGUUUAUGAGAUUUCAUGCAAUGGGUUUUUGUGUCCCAGUAAAUUUUCGAAGUCUGACCGGCGUAUGCUUCAAUAAGAAGAAACAAAAAUUAAAGUAUCAAAGAGUAGAAUUGUAGCUGAUGUUGACGACUGACAAAUCCUGAUGUCUGUAUCUUUCUUUGCGUUCCCCAUUAUGAUCAUCGAUGUCCAUAUCAUCAUUGUAUAAACCAAGACUUGAGGCGAAAACAACUUUCCACCCUGAAGGUGAUUAUGGGUCAAAAGGAGAUCUUAAAAUAUUGAUGGAAAGUGUUGCUGAGCUCAGAAAGUCAGAUCAGCAGAAUAAAAAAAGGAUUGCUGAUCUUGAACAAGCAAAUCGGGAACAGAAGGUCGAACUCCAGGAAUGCAAAACAAAAUGUGAAGAACUUGAAAGAGAGAACCAGGAAUUGCGAAAUCAACUUGAACAAAGAGGCACAAUCAAUAUAAAACCAUGGAAAGUUAAAGUUCUGAAGUCAGUUUGUAUAGUUCUUGGAGUGGAAAAGUCGCAGCUUGGGCUGGAGUAGGUUUCGCCAGAGAGUAGUUGUCGGAGGUGGUUACAUAAUUGUGGUAAUCACCAUUGCAAUCAGAAGAAAUUCAAAUUAUAUUGUCCUAAUUGGUAACGAAUUUCCCAUUGUGCUCCACAUUGAAGAGCAAAUCAUAUCAAUGUAAUCUUGAUUUUCAAUUUUUAUUUUAUUGUCAAUUUCAAUUUAUGUAUCACUAAGUGAAUCACUUAUUUAUAAAGUUUGUCUAUUAUUUAGAUAUCUUGGCUGUAUAUAAUUAUAUUGAAUUGAUUUAGCAGCCUAAUUUAUCAUUGCAAUAAAACAUUAUGAUAUAUACAACUCAUGAACUCCG